AUGGCUGACGCUGAAGAACUCAUUGACUACGACGAGGAAGACGAGACCACCCAGCAGGAGGUCCACGCUGCUUCGGUCGAUGACUCUGUCGCCCAGAAGGAAACCAAGAAGGGCUCCUACGUCGGCAUCCACGCCACUGGAUUCAGAGACUUUUUGCUGAAGCCCGAGCUCCUCCGUGCCACGGCCGACUGCGGUUUCGAGCAUCCUUCGGAAGUCCAGCAAGAGUGUAUCCCCCAGGCCAUCUUCGGCAUGGACGUGCUGUGCCAGGCCAAGUCUGGUAUGGGCAAGACGGCCGUCUUUGUCCUUGCGACCAUGCAGCAGCUCGAGCCUGGAUCCGGCGCCGAGGGUCCCUCGGUCAUUGUCCUCUGCCACACGCGUGAGCUCGCCUACCAGAUCCAGGCCGAGUACGCUCGAUUCUCCAAGUACCUGCCGGAUGUCAAGACCGUGGUCCUGUACGGCGGCAUCUCUGUCAAGCAAAACAUCGAGAGCCUCAGAAACGACAAGCCCCAGAUUGUCGUCGGCACCCCCGGCCGUGUCGCCCAGCUCAUCCGCGACAAGGAGCUCAAGCUCGGCAACGUUAAGCACUUUGUGCUCGAUGAGUGUGACAAGAUGCUGGAAGCUCUCGACAUGCGCAGGGAUGUCCAGGACAUUUUCCGCUCCACUCCUCAUCACAAGCAGGUCAUGAUGUUCAGUGCCACUCUGAGCAAGGAGAUCCGUCCCAUCUGCAAAAAGUUCAUGCAAACGCCCCUCGAGAUCUUCAUCGAUGACGAGACCAAGCUGACCCUGCACGGUCUGCAACAGCACUAUGUCGAGCUUGAGGAGCGACAAAAGAACCGCAAGCUCAGCGAUCUGCUCGACAACCUCGAGUUCAACCAGGUCGUCAUCUUUGUCAAGUCGGUGCAGCGCGCCAUUGAGCUCGACAAACUCCUGCGCGAGUGCAGCUUCCCCUCCAUCUGCAUCCACUCCCAGAUGAAGCAGGACGAGCGAAUCAACCGCUACAAGCAGUUCAAGGACUUUAGCAAGCGCAUCAUGGUUGCCACCGACAUUUUUGGUCGUGGUAUCGAUAUCGAGCGCGUCAACAUUGUCAUCAACUACGACAUGCCUGACAAUGCUGAUAGCUACCUGCACCGCGUCGGCCGUGCUGGUCGUUUCGGUACCAAGGGUCUGGCCAUCACCUUUGCCACCAAGGGCAACGACGAGGACCUCAAGAUCCUGAAUCAGGUCCAGGACCGAUUCGAGGUCAACAUCACUCAGCUCCCCGACACCAUCGAUCCCUCUGUCUAUCGCGCCUCGUAAACGCAUGCGGUCAUGCGGAUGCGGCCCUGUUGAGCGGCAGUGUGGCGAUAUUCUUGAUUGUGUGCGCCGCCGACUCCAGUUUUGCAAAAACAAAUGAUUCUCUUCCCCACC